CUGUUUGUUGGUGUUUCCAGGUCUGGGCGUUACACUGGCAGCCUCGCAGCAAUGCCACUCCACGCCACCAGAGCCGCCGCGCUCCUCGCUUGGGUGAACAGCACCAAGGUGUGCAUGGAGCCCCUUGGCGAUCUGUCCCAGCUGCAGGACUGCCGUGUUUUCAUCCAGAUCAUCAAUAAGAUCCACAGGACUGAGGAGGGGGAGUCUGUCCUGGAGCAGCCCCUGGAAGAGCGAGCAACCUUCAUCUGUGGCUUCCUGCAGAAGCUCUGCAAGCACAAAUCAGCCACGGAGAACCUGGUGUCAGCACAGAAGCUGCUGCAGGGAGAAGAGCUGGAGUUGGCCAAGGUAGCCGUGCUGCUCCUGUACCACAGCUCCAUGAGCAGCAAGAGCCCCCGGGAUUGGAAUGAAUUCGAUUACCAGGUCCAGGUCGAGCUGGCCACCAUCCUCAAGUUCGUGCUGGACCAUGAGGAGAGCCUGAGUGAGAACCUGGAAGCAUUCCUGCAGCGCAGAGCACCGCUGUCCUCACCUGGCACAUCCAGCAGCAGCUCUGAGGAGCGCUCGCCAGGGCUCUCCCACCCGCAGGUGCGCUUCCUGGAGCUGCAGAAGAUCGCCUCCUCUUCCUCCAGCAUGAACAACAUGCUCCCUGGAGCACCCGCCUCACCUGUGGGGGAUGUCCUGCAGACCCCUCAGUUUCAGCUGCGAAGGUUGAAGAAGCAGCUGGCUAUCGAGAGGGAGAACCGGGACGAGCUGGAGAUGGAGCUGGCAGAAAACCGCAAACUCAUCACUGAGAAGGAGGCUCAGAUCAACAUGAUGCAGCACCGCAUCGACCGCUUGGCUCUGCUCAAUGAGAAGCAAGCUGCAGACCAGCUGGAGCCCAAGGAGAUGGAGGAGCUGAGGGAGAGAAACGAAAGCCUGCUGGUGCGCUUACACGAGGCCCUGAAGCAGUGCCAGGAUCUGAAGACCGAGAAGGGCCAGAUGGACCGCAAAAUCAACCAGCUCUCCGAGGAGAACGGGGAUCUCUCCUUCAAGCUGCGGGAGAUCGCCAGCCACAUGGUGCAGCUGCAGGAUGCCCUGAAUGAACUCUCCGAGGAACACAACGCUGCGCAGACACAGUCGCAAGCAAAGCAGGUGCAGCUGGAGGGCGAGCUGAGGGCUGUGCUGCAGGAGAAGAAAUGCCUGGAAGAGAAGGUCGAGAUCCUCCAGGGGAAGAUUUCCCUGCUGGAAGACCAGCUGGCCAAGCUGGGGGACUGCAGCACGCAGGAAAAGGGAGAGGUCAUGGGUGAUGUCUUGAAGCUGGAAGAGCUCAAGCAGGAGGUGUCCAGCCUCACCACCAAAGGCAUCGAGCUCCAAGCCUCCGUCCUGCGGCUGGAGGAGGAGAAGAGCCAGCGGGAUGCAGCACUGCAGGCAGAACGCAGCCGCUUCGAGGUGGAGAAGCUCCAGCUUGGAACCCACAUCUCCACCCUGCAGAGCUCCGUCUCUGAGCUGCACCUGGCCAAGGAGAAGCUGGAGCAGGAGCUGCGGGCGCAGGAGGCGCGCCUGACGGCCCAGGCGGACGCACUGACGGCAGAGGUGGGCAAACUGAGUGGUUUCCUGCAGCAGCAGGAGCAGGAGGCAGCUGGGCUGCGGCUGCAGGUGGAGAAGGAGCGGGCGCAGGCAGAGGAACUGCGGCGUCGGGAUGUGGCCUCCCAGGAGGCUGUCAGCGAGCUGAGCCGGCGCGUGGAGCAGCUGGGUGCCAGCCUGAAGCACAGCGAGGAGGAGCUGGCACGGGUCACGCAGGAGGCGGAAGGGAAAACCAGGCAGCUUGGGGCUGAAUGUGAGAAAGCUGUCCAGGAGAGGGACGCAGCCCUGCAGCAGCUGCAGCACUUGCAGCAUGCCAAGGAAAUGCAGCUGGCGGCCCUGAGCAGCCAGCUGCAGAGCCUGGAGGCGGCCAGCAAAGCUUCGUCCAUGGAAAUGCAGCAGGAGAAAGCUGAGUUGAAUGAGAAGGUCCAAGAGCUGCAAGCCCGUGUCCUCGAGCUCAGUGCACAGUGCCAGCAGAGCUCGGCCCAAGCGGGGAGCACCGAGACACUGCGAGCCCAGCUGCGGGAGCUGGAGGGCAAGCUGAAGGAGAGCCAGCAGAAGCUGGCUGACAAGGAGAAGGUGGCCAAGGAGAACACGCGCCUGCAGGAGCGGCUGCUCUUCCUGGAGGAGUCAGUGCGCAACACAGAGGGCAUCCUGGAGGAUGAGAAGAGGAGGGCAGCUGAGAGUCUGGAAGGGAACCUGGCCCGGAUUGCAGAGCUGGAGGCAGAGAAGCAGCAGCUGGUGCAGCGUGGUGAGCAGGCCCUGCAGGAGCGAGGAGAGGAGCUGGCCAGGAGGCAGGCACUGGAAGCACGGCUGCAACAGGUGGCAGAGGAGCGCCGGGAGGAGACGGCAGCCCUGCAGCGGCAGCUGGCAGAGGUGGCCAAGGGGGAGGAAGGAGAGCGUGGCAGGCUGGAGAAGAGGCUGCAGGAGCUGAACCGGGAGAACAGGCAGGCCUGCCAACGGCUGCAGGCCGAGCAGGAGAGGGUGGCAGACCUGGAAGCCCGCAUGGCACGCAUGGCCGAUGAGCAGCAGGAGCAGCUGGCCGCCCUCCAGGCCCAGCUGGCUAGCGCUAAGGAGAAGGAAGGCAAGGAGCAGGAGAAGCUGGCGAGCGCCGAGCGCGUGGUGAAGUUGGAGGCAGAGGUGCAGAAGGCGAGCGAAGCGCUCGAGGCCAUCUCCAAGGAGCUGUCACACGAGAGGCUGAAGUCCAAGGAGCUGGAAGCCAUGGCCACGCAGGAGGCCGGCGAGGUGGCCCGGCUGAGCGUGGCGCUGGAGGAGGCAGCACGGGAGCACGGGCAGGAGCUGGCACGGCAUGAGGAGGAGGCAAAGCGCCUGCAGAAGGAGCUGGAGGACGCCAGGGCUGAUUGCGCUGCUGAGAAAGCACGCAAGGCAGAGCUGGAGGUACAGCUGCAGAACUCCAUCAACGAGCAGCGGGUGGAGCGCUCGGCGCAUCAGCAGGAGCUGGCGCGGUCCCUGGAGCUGAUCGAGGAGAAGGAGGGAGAGCUGGAUGAGCUGCGGCUGAAGAACGUCUCGCGGGGCGAGGAGCUGAGGGACCUGCAGAAGACAGUCAGCAAACUGAAAGGGGAGCUCGCCUCAGUGGAAGCGGUGAAGGAGCGGGCGUCCAAGAUGGACAGCGAGCUGCAGGGCUUCCUGGAGGCAGCCCGGAGCCGGGAUGCCGAGGUGGACAGCAUCAAGGCGGUGUACGCCAAGGAGGCAUCCCUCAAAAACCUGGAGGAGAAGAUUCGUCACCGAGAGCAGGAGUCUGGCUCCAGCCAGGACCUCUACCAGGAGAAGCUGAAGGAGGCCCAGAUGCUGAGCGUGGAAGUGGAGCGGCUGGAGCAGAAGUGCCGGGAGCAGCAGGACACCAUCACAGGGCUGGAGAAAGCCGUGGCUGAAGGCCGGGCUGCCGCGUCCCAGCAGCAGCAGGCAGAACUGGAGGCGUCACGGAGGGAAGCGGCGCAGCACCGGGAGACGGCAGCAGAGCUGCAGAAGCAACUGGAGGCCUCACGCUCAGCCCAGGCCCUGCAGGAUGGCAACCUGGAGAGCCUGAGGAAGGAGCUGCAGGACAAGAGCAAGGAGCUCGCCCAGAGCAAAACGGCUGUGGCUGCUGCCGAGAAGGAGCUGGCAUCCCUGCGUGCUGCGGCGCAGGAGAAGGGCCACCUGGAGGAGGGCUGGAAGGAGCAGCUGUCACAGUGCAUCCAGGAGCUGGAGAGGAAGAACAGCCUGCUGGGCAGCCUGGAGCACGAGGUGUCCAUCCUGCACCGGCAGCUCACCGAGAAGGAGGGCGAGAGCAAGGAGCUGAAGCGGCUGAUCAUGGCCGAGUCGGAGAAGAGCAAGAAGCUGGAGGAGAGGCUGCGGGUGCUGCAGACCGAGAUGGCCACGGCCGCGUCGCGGGCGGCCGAGCGCUGCUCGCUGAUGAAGGUGGAGGUGCAGAGAUGCCAGGAGGAGAUGGAGAAGCAGCGGAUGACCAUCGAGGCACUGAAGAGGGACCGCCACUGCCAGAGCGAGCGCGAGGAGGAGCUGCGGCAGGAGGUGAAGGUCUGCCAGGACAAGUUCUUCCAGAAGGAGCAGCUCCUCUCCUCCCUGCAGCAGGAGCUGGGCAGUGCCCAGGCGUUGGCCGGAGAGGUGGUGCCGCUGAAACACCUCUGCCAGCAGCUGCAAGCUGAGCGUGCCUCGCUGGAGAGCAAGCACCGCGAGGACCUGGAGCAGAGGGCGAAGGCCACCAAUGCGCUGCAGGCAGAGCUGGCCCGGGCCAGGCUGGAGGUGGCCGAGCUGCCAGCCCUGCGUGACAGAGCAGCUGAGCAGGAGCGUGCGCUGCAGCGGCUGCAGAAGGAGGCAGCGAGCUCCAGCGAGAGGCUGGCAGCCCUACAAGCAGCCAACGGCCGGCUGGCUGAGGAGAACCGUGCGCUGAAUGAGAGCGUGAGCCGCGGGCAGCAGCGCCUGGAUGCUGAGCUGGGGCAGGUGAGGGAGAAGCACACACGGGAACUGGAGUGCGUGAGGCUGGAGGCGGAGAAGGCGAUGGCCAACAGCAGGCAGGAGGCCGAGGAGGCGGCCAGGAAGCUGGAGGCGAUGAGCAAUAAGUAUGAAAACGCCAAGGUGAAGGUGCUGGAGGAGAGGCAGAAGUUCCAGGAGGAGAGGCAGAAGCUGAUGGCGCAGGUGGAGCAGCUAGAGGUAUUUCAGAAAGAACAAGCAAAGCAGGUGGAGGAGCUGAACAAGAAGCUGGCACAGCAUGAGAAGGCCACGCGGAGCCAGCAGCAGAGAGUUAAGGUGCUGGAAGGAGAGCUGCAGAGCGAGGCCACGCGCCAGCAGGAGAGGAUGGCUGAGCUGCAGGAGCAGCUGGCACAGAAAGAGCAGGCGGCCGAGCACUACAAAGCCCAGAUGGAAAAGGCAAAAACUCACUACGACGCAAAGAAGCAGCAGAACCAGGACCUGGCAGAGAAGCUGAAGGCCAUGGAGCAGCUGCAGAAGGAGAACGCGGAGCUGAGGACGGAGUCGGAGCGCUUGGCCAAGGAGCUGCAGCAGAGCGUGCUGCAGGCCAAGGAGGCCGAGCUGAGCUGCAGGGAGCUGAGCGGGCAGGUCCGCAGUCUGGAGGCACAGCUGGAGUUUGCUGACCAGCAGCUUCGGGAGCUCGGCAAGUUGCCGGCCCCCAAGGCCACGCUGAAGGAACCGGAGAGCUUCCGCCAAAACCCCUCCGACCUCAGCACCGACAGCCUGGACCUCAGCCUGGACGAGGGGCAGCCACUCAACUCCACCAGGAAAGCCACCCGCUCGCACUCGGACGGCUCAGCCGUGCCAGAUGGCGCAGAGCCACGCACGUCACAGCGGCUGCCACGCAAGGUGGAGUCCUUGGAGAGCCUCUACUUCACACCCAUCGCCAGCCGCACGCAGCCCAAGCUGGAGAGCAGCACGGGUUCUCUGGGCGACGUGUCGCUGGAGUCGGGCUGCAGGACGCGCUCGGGGCGCCGCCGCACCACGCAGAUCAUCAACAUCACCAUGACCAAGAAAGAGACCGCCACGGAGGAGCCAGGCGGCGCGGACGCGUCCUUCAGCAGCAUCCUCUCUGAGCAGCCCCAGAAAGCCGCCCCAGUGCGUUCCCGGCUGCGCUCUGCACGCUCUCUGGCCAGCUUCUCCUCACAGGACUCCCUGACCAAGCUGGACACCUCCUCCCCUCAGGAGCCAUCAGGCCACGCUGCACUGCUCAGCCUCCCUGGCUACCGGCCGGCCACACGCAGCGCCCUGCGACGCUCUCAGGCGGGCAGCAGCUCCAGCUUGGGUCGCAGCAGCAUCUACCUGGGGACGUGUCAGGAUGAACCGGAGCAGCUGGAUGAUUGGAACCGCAUCGCCGAGCUGCAGCAGCGCAACCGCGCCUGCCCGCCGCACCUCAAGACCUGCUACCCUCUGGAGAGCCGGCCUUCUGACUUGCUGGGCACCAUCACGGAUGAGGAGAUGAAGACGGGCGACCCGACGGAGACGCUGCGGCGCGCCAGCAUGCAGCCCUCGCAGAUCGCCGAGGGGACGGCCGCCCGCCGCGGCACGCUGGGAGCGGGGUGGGCUCCCGGUGGCAUCACCACCAGGCAGCAGCGCAAACGGCUCUCAGAUGAAUCCCACCAGGGCCCCGAAACCCCUGAGUCCAAGAAGCCUGUCAGCUGCUUCCCACGUCCCCAGACCCCCCGGGAGCGGCGCAGCUCCCACCUCAGCCGGCGGAGCGAGCAGCAGGCGCCCAGCAAGCAGCCUGAACGGCGCCAGUCGAUGGCCUUCAGCAUCCUCAACACCCCCAAGAAGCUGGGGAACAGCCUGCUGCGCCGAGCUGCCAACAGGAAAACCACCCCCAAGAACUCCCCCCGCGGCACGGCGCGCCGCUCGCCCCGCAUCGCCUCCACCAAGUCGCCCAAGGGCAAGGCCGGCCGCAGAGCGCUGAAGGACACCAAGUUCUGAGGUUUCCCAGCCUGUCUCCUCGCUCCUCCUUGCUGCCUCCCAGCUCAGCGCCACCAAAGGGACUCGGGACCGCUGUGGGGCACGCGGGGCAGAGGGAAUGGGAUGGUGCCAUCAGUCCCCGAGGGACCCUGGCUCCCUGCUGCCCUCGUGGAGGGGGGGAGGAGACCUUUUUAAAAGUGUUUCUACUUGUAAAUAAAUUGUAUUUU